AUGUCAUAUAUCGAUCAGCUGAACACAGCAGCAUCUGUAACUGCAAUUACUUUGUCUUUAAUUAGUUGGGUACCAGGCGUAAUUGGUCUUGUAUUAAAUGUGUUUAUUUUUACUCGACCAGCUCUACGUCAUGAACCAUGUUCACUUUAUUUUCUCACAUCAUCAUAUUUCAAUUUAUUUGUGAUAUUUAUUAUCUUACCCGUGCGUACUGUUACAAGUAGUUUAAAUAUGGAUCUAGGUAAUUACAACAUAGUUAUAUGUAAAAUGGAAUCUUAUAUUUUUUAUGUUGUACGUGUUAUAUCAUGUUGGUUGAUUAUGUUGGCAUGUUUCGAUCGGUUUCUCCAUAGUUCAACAAAUAUACGUAAGCGUCAGUUGAGUUCAUUGAAAACAGCACGAUUAACAAUUGUAAUCACUAUCAUUUCAAUAAUUAUUUUAUACAGUCAUAUGGUUAUUUACUAUAAAAUAACCGAUGACGUUAAUACAUUGGGUAAUAUCACACCCACGUGCAAUGCUCCAAAAGGUAUCUAUCGUACAUUUAUUGCAAUGUGGCAUAUGACUUUUUACUCAUUGUGUCCAUCAUGUCUAAUGCUUGUGUUUGGUUAUCUGACAUUGAAUAAUAUUCGUCAGCAACGUCAAGUUCUUCCAAUUACUGGUGUAAAUAAUCAAAUUCAUCGACGUACAGAUAGAUACUUGUUGCGUAUGUUAACUGCUCAAGUUCUCGUCAUCAUAAUUUCGACAUUACCUUUCUCAAUCUAUCGAGUCUAUUCAUCAUUCACAGUAAACAUUGCAAAAAGUACGUUUAGGAUUGCUCAAGAAAAUUUAGCUGUUCAAAUAGCAAAUACAGUACCAUAUUUUGCUCACUCAAGUAGUUUCUAUUUAUAUACAUUAACUGGCAGUGUUUUUCGGAAGGAGGCUUGCAAAAUUAUUCCUUGUUGUUCACCUCAUCGUCGAAAUCGGGUGCAUAUGUCUCAUAAUCAAAGAAAUCAAAUAUCAGUUGUACAGAUCGAUCGUUAA